CUGUGGUGGUGGGGGACAGGAAGUUCCGGUUUGUCGCUCACCAUUCUUCAUAAUAAAGAAAACGCCCGAACUGUGCUUUCCCUUUCUCGUUAUUUCUACAGGCCGACUCAGAUUAAGUCUGAGGUCGGUAACGUCAACAGUGAGGACAAACCCAGCCUGCCUCUCUCCUUCCACACUGAGUCCAAACCUACAGUCACUGGGUCCUGAUUGUGACAGUAGAGCCCAGUUUUUACAGCAGGAUCCAGAGAUGGCAUCAGUGAAGCUGGAAGACUGCAGUCAAACACUGGAGUUGAAUGUCAACAUUAAAGAUGAAGAAGAAGAGGAGGAGAAGAUUGGAACAUCUGUUUCUCAUGGUAUGAGGCCGGUAAUAUCAACAGUGAGGACAAACGCAGGCCUCCUCUCUCCUUCCACACUGAGUCCAAACCCACAGUCACUGGGUCCUGAUUGUGACAGUAGAGCCCAGUUUUUACAGCAGGAUCCAGAGAUGGCAUCAGUGAAGCUGGAAGACUGCAGUCAAACAAUGGAGCUGAAUGUCAACAUUAAAGAUGAAGAAGAAGAGGAGGAGAAGAUUGGGAAAUCUUUUUCUCAUGGACUAGAAUUAAGUCUGAGGCCGGUAACAUCAACAGUGACGACAAACCCAGCCUGCCUCUCUCCUUCCACACUGUGUCCAAACCUACAUUCACUGGGUCCUGAUUGUGACAGUGGAGCCCAGUUUGCUCUGCAGGAUCCAGAGAUGGCAUCCGUGAAGCUGGAAGACUGCAGUCAAACACUGGAGCUGAAUGUCAACAUUAAAGAUGAAGAAGAGGAGGAGAAGAUUGGGAAAUCUGUUUCUCAUGUUCACACAGGAGACCAUGUUGAGACAUUCUCUACAUCCAGAGAGCAUCAGCAGGAAGAUCACAGAGCAAAGAUGUCUCACCACUGCCCACAUUGUGAGGAGAUUUUCCCAUUUCUACCAAAGCUAAAAAUACACCUAAAAAUACACACAGGAGAGAAGCCUUACUCCUGCUCUGAAUGUGGAAAAUGCUUCAAAACAUCAACUGAACUAAAAGUUCAUCAGAGGACACACACAGGAGAGAAGCCUUACUCAUGUUCUGAAUGUGGAAAAUGCGUCAAAACAUCAGCAUCACUAAAACUUCAUCAGAGAACACACACAGGAGAGAAGCCUUACUACUGCUCUGAAUGUGGUGCGAGUUUCUCUCAACUGGGCCACCUAAAAAGACAUGAACAUAUACACACAGGAGAGAAGCCUUACUCCUGCUCUGACUGUGGAAAUAGGUUCUCUCUAAUGGGUACCUUAAAACAACAUGAACGUAUACACACAGGAGAGAAGCCUUACUCAUGUUCUGAAUGUGGAAAAUGCUUCAAAACAUCAUCAUCACUAAAAAGUCAUCAGAGAACACACACAGGAGAGAAGCCUUACUCAUGUUCUGAAUGUGGAAAAUGCUUCAAAACAUCAAUAUCACUAAAAGUUCAUCAGAGAACACACACAGGAGAGAAGCCUUACUCCUGCUCUGACUGUGGAAAGAGUUUCUUUCACCUGGGUACCUUAAAACAACAUGAACGUAUACACAAAUUAGAGAAGCCUUACUCCUGCUCUGGCUGUGGAAAGAGAUUCUCUCACCUGGGUACCUUAAAACAACAUGAACGUAUACACAAAUUAGAGAAGCCUUACUCCUUUUCUGACUGUGAGGCAAGUUUCUCUCGUCCGGACACCUUAAAAUGACCUGAACAUAUACACACACAGGAGAGAAGCCUUACUCCUGCUCUGACUGUGGAAAGUGUUUCUCUUGAAUGUGCCAUUU